GUAAAAAAAGAAAAAAACCUUAUCAGUUUUACCGAAUCGGGUUCGUUAUGAGUAACUCGAUAACUGCAGCUGUUACGCUGAAACUCUAAUUUAUCAUUAUCGGACGGACUGCGCAAAUGGGGUAUUGAUUUUAUGGAUCGCGGGACUCUGGUUCAAUGAUUUGCUGUUGGGCAGAGACGGUGUUUUCGAGUUAUUAAAACCACUUUACCAGAUAUGAUUCUUACAAAAUUACGGCCUAUUCUUGGCUAUGGAUUACAAAUGAGGCCAAUUUUAUUAAAAAAAUAUGAACCAUAUAAUAUGUUAGCUGUAUUGCCUGUUGAAAAAUGCAACCAUCGACGAACAUAUAAGAACUUUGGUCAUAGAAAAGAUCCUCCUGAACAUCCUAUUAAGAAAUGUUACCUCCUAUUUUUUAUAGGCUUGAUAAUUUAUCAGUUUGUUAAUUGGGAUCAUAUUGUAGAAGUAGUUUUUCCUCCUGUGGAUGCUGACAGUAAUGUUGAGACUAAUGAUGAAAAUCCAGUACUAGAAACUCUAGAAGAAGCAGUUGACAAAAAAAAGAAAAAACCAAAACAAAAAGUUGGCUUUCGCGAUAGAAAGAUUAUAGAAUAUGAGAAUAGAAUACGUCAUUUUUCUACACCAGACAAAGUUUUUAGGUAUUUUGCUACCUUACAAGUAACACAUAUGCACUCAAAUGGACAAGAAACACAUGAAGUAUUUAUGACACCUGAUGACUUCCUUCGUUCUAUGACUCCUGGCAUUAAACAACCUGAUGGCCUUGGGCUUGAUCAAUAUAAAAAAUAUGAUCCAAAAAAUACACACAUGAAAUUAGAAUUAGCUUUAAAUGAAGAUAGCAUAUUUUACAAACUUGGGAGUUCUGGUUUAAUAACUUUUUCAGAUUACAUAUUUUUACUAACCGUGUUAUCAACAUCAAGAAGGCAUUUUGAAAUAGCAUUUAGAAUGUUUGAUUUAAAUGGAGAUGGUGAUGUAGAUUGUGAAGAAUUUGAAAAAGUUGCUACAUUAAUCAGACACCAGACAAGUAUUGGAAGUCGUCAUAGAGACCAUGCAAAUACUGGAAAUACCUUUAAGGGAGUCAAUUCAGCAUUAACAACAUAUUUUUUUGGUGAGAAUCUUAAUGAAAAAUUAACAAUUGAGAAGUUCCUUGAUUUUCAACAACAGUUACAAACAGAAAUUUUAGGUUUAGAGUUUCUACGGAAAGGACCCAGUGAAGAUGGUACUAUAUCAGAAGUUGAAUUCACUGAUCUACUUUUAGCUUAUGCUGGUUAUCCACCAAAAAAAAAAACACGCAUUAUUAAAAGAGUGAAAAAAGUAUUUAAAGAAAACACCCAAGGCAUAAGUGAAGAAGACUACUUAAAUUUUUUUCACUUUUUAAAUAACAUUAAUGAUGUUGAUACAGCUCUUACUUUUUAUCAUAUCGCAGGAGCAUCUAUUGAUCAAGUCACUUUAAAACAUGUAGCAAAAACUGUAGCACAUGUUGAUUUAAAUGAUCAUAUGAUCAAUGUUAUUUUCACAAUAUUUGAUGAAAACCUUGAUGGCCAACUUAGCAAUAGAGAGUUUGUUGCUGUUAUGAAAAACCGUUUGUUGAGAGGUUUAGAAAAACCAAAAGAUACUGGCUUUGUUAAAUUUAUUCAAUCUGUAGGCAAAUGCGCUCAGGAAAGUACUCCUAGUAUUUUUGAUUUGUAAACCAGUGUUAUAAAUUUAAAUUAUAUUUAUAUUAUAUUCUCUUUAAAAUUCUUUACAAUUAAAUUUUUAUAAAAUGUA